AUGGGGUUGCUAUCCGGUGCGCUGCGACCGCGGCAGCAACAACAACAAUUACCAGUCUACCAACGGCCCACAUCACCUUCGAAGGAGCAAUACUCGGACGAAGACGACGACUACUAUUCCGAUGAAGAAGACAUCCCCUCGUCCUCCUCACAGCCGAGCCACUCUGGUUACAGCUCACGGAGCGUCUCGGACACAAUGAGCGGUCGUGGUAAUGGUGGCCUGCUCCUUCCAAAACGACCCCAGAACAGGUCGGCAAAGGGCUAUCUUAGCAGAUAUCGCUUUCGAUUACCGACAAAAUUGACACGAUACGUGCUCCUCCUCGUCCUGGGUACCACAUUUCUCUUCAUCUUCUCGUUGGUACGGGCCAGCCAGGUCGAAAACUGGAAAGUUGUCAACGGCCAGGUACCGACACGGCCAGCACCUCCGCCGGCGUGGGAGAAGUUUCCCUUCCUGGAGCGAUAUUAUGGUGGAAUCAGAACGCUAGUGCCGCUCAACGAGAGCGAGCCUGAGUAUCCCCGCGAGAACGAACCCAUUCCUCUGGGGGGGCCUGGCUCGGGGGAGGGGGAAGCGGGGGAUGAGGAGGAUGAGAAGAGAUCCGAAACGCAGACCGAGAGGAGGGUCGCGACUGUCGAGAAGAAGGCGGUUCCUCCGAGCAUGGCCUGGAGCGACUAUCAUGAUCGAUCGGUAGAACCUGAUGUAAAGGAGUGCUUCAUUGAUGCGGCAAAUCAGAUUCGGGUUCCUGAGCUCAGGUACUACACCGGCCGACCUCAUGGCUUCCCGAGUCACAUUGGUGGCUCAUACGAAAUGCUCAACCUGCCGGAAGACAUCUGCUUCGAGCGAUACGGCCGCUACGGUCCGUAUGGCUUUGGCUACUCGUCUCGCCGAGGCGGUCUCGGCACAGGCGAGCACAGCGAAAACGAAGGCGCUGAACUGGUCUGGAACAACAGAUCCCACGUGGACUUUAGGAACGUGGACUGGGCAGAGGCUCAGCGCCGCUGUUUGCGGUCCAACGCGCACAAGUUCAAGGCCGUACCGACCAGAAAGAUUGGUUUUCAGGGAUUUAUCAAUGCUGUGCCCGAGUCCGAGAAGAAACAUAGACGUGAAGAGGCGGAGGCUGCCACGCCCACCUUGGCGACGGAGACGGAAGCAAAGGUAUCCCCGGAAGGUUCCGAAACUGCUGGUAGCGACAGCAUCACAAAGACUGGAAGGACCGCCAUUGUUUUCCGCUGCUGGGACGAGUUCUUGUUCCGAGAGGACGACAUUGCGAAUCUACGAUCAAUGAUUAUGGAGCUCUCGCUCGGUUCUGGCGGCCGCUAUGAUGUGCAUCUCCUCGUCCAGGUCAGGAAUGACGCCGCCUACCCCGUCUGGGCGGACCAAGAAGCCUACGAGCAGCGCAUUCGCAAUGUCAUCCCCAAAGAGUUUCAAGGCCUCGUUACAUUGUGGACCGAGACGCAAAUGCUCUCGCUCUACCAGGGCAUCCACGACAAGUGGACGGUCGGACCGGAUCAUUCCGUCCACGGCUCCUACCGCGGCCUUGUCAUGGCCAUGCAACACUUUGCCUACCUCCACCCCGAGUACGACCACUUCUGGCACUGGGAGAUGGAUGUCCGCUACACCGGCCACUACUACGACCUGCUCACCAAGAUUGAGUCGUGGGCCAAAGAGCAGCCGCGUAAAGGCCUGUGGGAGCGCAACGCGCGCUUCUACAUCCCCGCGACGCACGGCUCGUGGGACGACUUUAAGCACCUCGCACGUGUGCAGACGGAGACGGGUACGGUAUCAGCAGACAAUAUCUGGGGCAACCUACCUACACAGAACGAGGGCCCGUCGUCGCAGCCACGCAAGGGCGAUCGUUCUGUCUGGGGCCCGGUCCGGCCCGGCGAUGAGAACGACUGGUUCGAGCACGAAGACGACCCCGUGCCACCGACGACGUACGAGAGCGACAAGUAUCAGUGGGGCGUCGGCGAAGAGGCCGACUUCAUUACCCUCAACCCCAUGUUCAACCCCGAGGGCACGACGUGGGGCCUGCGCGACGACAUUACCGGCUUCAACGAGUCGCAUCCGCUGCCGCCGCGCCGCGCGAGCAUCAUCACGACGUCGCGAAUGAGCCGCCGGCUGCUCCUAGCGAUGCACCGCGCGACGACGUUCAAAAAGCAGUUUGCCUUUGCCGAGAUGUGGCCGGCGACCAUGGCGUUGCAGCACGGGUACAAGGCCGUCUUUGUGCCGCACCCGCUCUUUGUCGACCGCAAGUGGCCCGUCGAGUACCUGGCGAGCACGCUCAACGCGGGCCACAACGGCGCGGCCGGCGGUGCCCGCGCCAGCGUCUACGGUGCCCGCGAGCACAACCUCCGCGGCCUCUCGUGGUUUUACAACACAGGCUUCGCGCCCAACCUGUACCGCCGCUGGCUCGGCCUGCGCGUGAACAAUGACGGCGGUGACGAGUUUGAAAAGACGGAAGACACGAGCCGGCAGGGCAUGGGUGUCGGCGCCAUGCCCGGUGGCGAGGGCCGCAUGUGCCUCCCUCCCAUGCUGCUGCAUCCCAUCAAGGAGGUGGAACUCGCGGUCGAGGCACCCCCAGAGGAGGGCGAGGAGGAGCUCGAGUCGGACCCUACGGCUUGA